AUGGUGCUUCCUUGCUGCCCCUCUAGCAGCAGCAACAUAACAACAGCUACUGCAGCUGAGCAGCAGCAGCAGCAGCAGCAGCAGCAGGAGGAUAGCAGCAGCAGCAGCAGCAGCAGCAGAGACAGAAGAUUAGUACCCGAUUGGAUCCAGCAGCACAUCUACGAAAACAAGCAGCAGCAGCAGCAGCAGCAGCAGCAAUUGCAGCAACUGCAGCAGCAGCAGCAGCAGAGGAUCCAGAUACAAGCACAAAAGCAGCAGAAGGAAUAUAUAAAGGAGACAAAAGGAGACAGAAAAAGGAGACAGAUAGAAUUGGGGUGUACUGGCGAGAACUACCAACAGCACCAGCAGCAGCAGCAGCAGCACCAGCAGCAGCAGCAGCAGCAGCAGCAGCAGCAGCAGCAGCAGCAGCACCAGCAGCAGCAGCAGCAGCAGCAGCAGCAACAGCAGCAGCGGCAGCAGCAGCAGCAGCAUGAGCUCACGAGUAUGUUUUCCUCGCUGGGGUACUGA